CCUUCCGAGCGUCUACUUAAUGCCGGUCCCCGGGCCGUCGGCGCUCACAGAAGCGCCGUCGGGCGAAGGGGGGGCGGCGAGGGGCGCCAGCAGAACCCUCGAGCUGGGGACGGAGAGCGGCGGGAGGUGGGAGGAACUUCUUCCAGAACCUUCCUCAGGCGCGGCUGCGCUCUGAGCCAGGCCCCACAUUCGUGUUCGGAGGAGGCGACCCCGCAGGUCGCGGAAUGGAAGUGAGGGUUCUGGAGGCUGUGUAACUGGAGCCUCAGGUACCAGCAGGCCGGAGACCGCGGCUGGCCACCCGGCUCAGCCUGUGGAUGUUGACCGCCCCAUCGGAGGUUCCCCGCAGACAUGGCGGAGAGCUGGCUGCGCCUCUGCGGAGCAGGGCCUGGGGACGAGGCCGGGCCAGAGGGCAGCGUGGAGGAGCCGGACGCCCUGGAUGACAGCCUCACCAGCCUGCAAUGGCUGCAGGAAUUCUCCAUUCUCAAUGCCAAGGCCCCCACUCUGCCCCCGGGGGGCACCGACCCCCACGGCUACCACCAAGUGCCGGGCUCGGUGGCGCCCGGGUCACCCCUGGCGGCAGACCCUGCCUGCUUUGGGCAGCCUCACACACCAGGCAAGCCCACCUCCUCCUGCACAUCUCGAAGCGCGCCCCCCGGGCUGCAGGCCCCGCCUCCUGACGACGUGGACUAUGCCACCAACCCACACGUAAAGCCGCCCUACUCGUACGCCACCCUCAUCUGCAUGGCCAUGCAGGCCAGCAAGGCCACCAAGAUCACUCUGUCGGCCAUCUACAAGUGGAUCACGGACAACUUCUGCUACUUCCGCCAUGCGGAUCCCACCUGGCAGAAUUCCAUUCGCCACAACCUGUCCCUGAACAAGUGCUUCAUCAAGGUGCCUCGAGAGAAGGACGAGCCUGGCAAGGGCGGCUUCUGGCGCAUUGACCCUCAGUAUGCGGAGCGCCUGCUCAGCGGGGCCUUCAAGAAGCGGAGGCUGCCCCCAGUCCACAUCCACCCUGCCUUUGCCCGGCAGGCCUCCCAGGAACCCAGCGCUGCCUCCUGGGGUGGGCCUCUGACCGUGAACACCGAGGCCCAGCAGCUGCUGCAGGAGUUUGAGGAGGCCACAGGGGAGGGGGGCUGGGGCACAGGAGAGGGCAGGCUGGGGCAUAAGCGAAAGCAGCCGCUGCCCAAGAGGGUGGCCAAGGUCCUGCGGCCUCCUAGUACGCUGCUGCUGACCCAGGAGGAGCAGGGUGAGCUGGAACCCCUCAAAGGCAACUUUGACUGGGAGGCCAUCUUCGAGGCUGGCACUCUGGGUGAGGAGCUGAGCUCUCUGGAGGGCCUAGAGCUAAGCCCUCCGCUGAGCCCCACCUCACAUGGAGAUGUGGACCUUACCGUCCACGGCCGCCACAUCGACUGCCCUGCUACCUGGGGACCUCCAGCGGAACAGGCUGCGGACAGCCUAGACUUUGACGAGACCUUCCUGGCCACAUCCUUCCUCCAGCAUCCCUGGGAUGAGAGUGGCAGUGGCUGCCUGCCCCCAGAGCCCCUCUUUGAAGCAGGGGACGCCACCCUGGCCGCUGACCUGCAGGACUGGGCCAGUGUGGGUGCCUUCUUGUAAAAGGUCAGGCCCCACCCCAUCUCCGGACAGUGCCCAAGUCAGGGCCCAGAACUGCCUCCCAAGACAGGCCAGCGGGCAUCUCAGCACCCUGGCAGGGACUGGGCCAGGUCUCUGAAGGCUGGCUCCAUCAGGCCACACUGCUGCCAGCUGGGGAUGUCCUCAUAUCCAAGCCCAGAAGACUGGGAACUGAGGGCCCAGGAACCAAACAGCUGCCUCCCCCUCACCAGCAACCCCCCCACACACACAGUGUUUCAUCGGCCCAUGUUCCCCCAAGCCCAAGAAUUGUCAAAAUCACACACACACACCCCUGCCUGGCUCCCUGCCCCCUGCACUGUGAGAGCUGAAGCCUGGAGGGGUCCUGCCAGGCCAGGGAGGAACUGAACAGGGCCCUCAUGGACGCUCCUCACCUCUCCCACUCCUGCUGCUUCCCCGGGUCUCUACCCAGAGAAAGUUCCCAGGUACAACAAGGGCUAAUUGGAUGACAACAACUUCACUCCCUAGAGGCCCCUCCCGGCAGAGCUUUCCCCCAUGGGGGACCCCUGCCACCACCUCCCGGCAGCCUUGGCUAGGGAGAGUAGUGGCAGGAGACUGGGGAAAGGAGAGAGAGAAGGGGAAACAGAGAGAGGAGGCAGAAAUAAGGUGAAGGCAGCAAGGUGGAGCAAGAUGGUCUCUGAGCCCUCUGGGACCUUCUCCUGGCCUAUCACCUGCAGAAAGGAGGCUGACUUGAGGCUGAGAGCAACAGGCAGGUGGGGUUCAGGGUGGUUGGGGCCGGGGCAGCCAAGCUGCUAGGUAGAGGGAGGGAGAAACUAAUAUAGGGAGUUUAGUUAGAGCUAAGACUUAACUGGGAGGGAUGGCCAGCUCGCUGGAAACACUCAGACCAGGAAGGAGGAGCACCAUGCCCCUGUCUGCACUGGGGGGACCAGGUCUUACUGCACCCUGACCACUGGGGCUGGGACCCUUAUCCACCCUCCACAUGGGGCAAUUUAACCUUUUUCAUGUAAAGUUCUUUACAACAUUUUUUUUUUUUUUUUUCAAAAUAAAAAAGU